ACCAAUCAAUAUAGCAUGCCUUUAGCAAUGUUUGUUGGAUUCAACAACAAGUUGCAAAAUGUUGUUUUUGGUCAGGCAUUGUUGAGGGACGAAAGAGCAGAUACCUUUGAGUGGUUGUUCAAGCAAUUUAGAGCUUGUAUGGGGGGCACGGAUCCUAUUGUUAUCUUCACAGAUCAAGAUUCUUCAAUUGAGAAGGCAAUAAAUUUGGUAUUUGAAAAGACGUACCACAGAUAUUGCCGCUGGCAUGUCACGAACAAGUUUCGGAAUGAGCUGAAUCAGUUUAAUACCCAACAUCCCGGCCUGUCUGAAACCUUAACUUCUGUUAUCAAUCAUCCACUCAGACCGAUUGAAUUUGAGCAAGCCUGGGCUGCAAUGCUUGACAAAUAUGAAGUUCAUGAGUCCAAAGUGCUGAUGAAGUUGUACGACGAAAGGAACAUGUGGGUGGGUGCUUAUUUCAAAGAGAUAUUCUGAGGGACGAUGACUUCGAC